ACUCCACUUUGGGUAGUAUAAGUCGGACGCAAGACAUUGUCUUAUCGUUGUACGCAAAAUUUGAUAGUUUUUGUUGAAUUUCCGUGGAAGCGAGUGCUAUCUUUAACGGACUUUUGAAAUAUAUUUUAAAACACAUUUGUGUCCGCCGUGUUUGAUUACAAUUGUUUCAUGUGAGUGAUUAUAGGGAUGCCUCUCCACCCACCAGUUAAGUCUCCGAACAUUGAAAAGCUUUUCAACUACCUUCAGAAGUCUCAGUGGCACAAUGUUUCAGCCAGCUUCUCUGGUUUUGUCCGUAAGGAGUUUGAGGAAGACCUCACUAAACUCGAGGAGGAUGAGGGGAUGUACAGGGAUUUGAAGCUUAUGAUUGAAUAUGCAGAGAUGGGACGGUUUAGCGAAGCGAGGAAUUUGAUGGAUCCGGCGUUUAAGGAAUAUCAAGCGAUUCUACAUAAUCUAGACGAACUGCAUUUAACGAAGUCUGCGAGACACAGAGCCCAGUACACUGAUCGUUCCCAUAUGGAGCAGGCUCCUCCAACAAAUCGCCAAGAGGUUUAUAGUCCAGAGAAGCGACCACCACCGACUCCGAAGCAAAUGCCAAAUCCUGGCUACAUGUCUCCUCAAAGACAACCAAUGUCUCCUUCAAGGCAACACCAGGAUCUUCCACAAGAGCGUGAAAAAAUUGAAAGUCCUUCCCCACAGUACCGACAAGAACAACAAAACCCUUACGACAUUCACAGGGAAAACUACGAUGGCCUCAGACUUAAAUCGCCAGAGAAACAACCAUACUCUCAAUCGUCCAGACUACCUACACCAAAUGACAGGCCAGUCCGUCCAUCAAGCCAUAAAAGCGAUAAAGGUUCCGAGCCUGGACACUAUAACAGUAACAAUCAGAUGGCCUCCUCAAAAGCGCUCUGGGGUAGAGAACAUGGAGACAAGCCGAGCGAAAAAAUUGGAAGCAGCACAUAUCGACAAGAAUUCCAAAAGAUUCCGAUGGAAAACAAUGAAAGAGUUGACCGAGAUAAGUAUAGAGAGAACUUUGGGUCCCUGGCAGAACGAGACAUAUACAGAAGUGAUGCAGAUGACAGGAUCGGCUCUUCUGAAAGUGCAAGAAGACCCGGUCACCAAAAGCGGCACCCGGAAACACCAGACUACGACCAGCGACCCAGUGAACUAGCAAGAAAGUUCAAGUUGCUGUUUGAUAAUGAAUGGAAAGAUGCUUACGACGAAGUAUGCGGGUUUUACGCUAAAUCAUCACAGUCUGCCCGGGAAAAAACAGCAAGGCAUCUGCUGUGGAUUGUUACGGAGGCUUGGCUUAUAAACGAUGAUGUUGCAGAGAAGCAAUUAAAAGAUAUUGAAAAGGCUACGCUUGGUCUUAUGACUACGCCUGGUCCAGAACAUCAUGUUGGUGGAUACCCGCCAAGAAAUCUGGGAGACACCAUUCCAACCUCACGAAAUCUUCUACUGAAAUACCGCAAACAAACAGCCGUCCUUUCCAUACCUUAUAUCAAACAGGAAUGCCGUGACAAGGUAACAAGAACGCUUUUGGAGUCCUCACGAUUUCCGAAGUCGUUUUUUGCGGACAGUUCCCGACUUGUCGCCUACAUCCAGAAGUGCGCCGAACUAACGUGGAUGAUGUGUGUCCAUGACCCUCCUAUUGUUCUAGAAUACAUCACCAAGGAAACGGAGGGAUCACGCUUUAAUUUCGAUCACUAUAUUGUGCAUGAACAAUCGGGAACAACGUAUGAUUAUGGUGUGUGGCCAAUGCUGAGAUUGGGCAAAAAGGGUCAAAUAUUAUCAAAAGGCUACGCAAAGGGCAUCUGAAGACUCUGAAUGCAGGGACUUGUAAAAUAUACUAGAUAUUCAGACACAAAAUAUAUAGACAAUUGUUACUAGCGAUUUCUAUUUAACUGUCCCAUGUAAACUAAAAAUGUGUAUUUCGCAGUUUUAAUCAUAUGCCAAUAACUGUUAUUAUAUUGACAUCCAGAACUUGUUUUAGAAGACGGCAUGCAAUGCUUUAUUUUCAGUAGAAUUAUACCUUGCUUGUUUUCAUUUAAGUAGUGAUGUGUUAGUGUUUGGUUAGAACAGUCUAGCUUUCUAUUAUGUUAUCAUCGUAUUGUCUUUGUUAUGUGUUUGUAUUUUGCUAUUUAUUUAACUUUCACCACUGUCAUCGAGCAAUAUCUGUGAUACUUGUAAAUAUCCUUUUAGAUUAAUAAACGCGUUUGAAAAAGUU